GUUAGGACAACUACAGAAAAGAAAACGCUUGUUGAUUUGUUCUUAUAAAAGAAUAAACUUCAAGGCCACACUGGUAAAGUGAGGUUGAUGACCAGAGCAGAACACCCACCUGACCUCACCACAGGACAUUUCCGCAAUGACAGAUUCAAAGUGUGCAUUAGGACCAAUUGUGGAGCCUGGAGCAGAUGAAAAGGUUAACUGCAGCCUAGCAGAUGAUUCUGAGGUAACCUGGUAUCUUCAGAGGUCAGGACAUCCACCUCAGGCCAUCGUCAACUAUGCUGAAAAAUCAGCCCUGCCGGCGACAUAUUACAAUGGAUUUCAGCCCACUAAAUACAAACCCGACAGCGAGCAAGGAGUCAAAAUCUUAAUAAUUAAAAACUUCACUAAUGAAGACUCAGCAGCCUUCUACUGCUCCAGCAGGAAAGGACCCGAGGUCCAUUUUGCUGAGGGAGCAACGCUGACAGCUACAGAAUCGGCAAACUCUUCUGUGAACGGCCUUUGCUCCUGCUCUGAAGGAGUACUGGAAAUCAAGGAAGAAUAUGACCUGUUCUUUAUUCUAAUGGUGACAUUCGCGGGUAUCAUCUUCUGCAUGGCUCUUGGAUUCAUAAUCUGCAAAAUACAAGCAGAGAUACACAACAACAGAAACAAAAGAAAUUUCAAGAGGGAAGGUGGCACAAGUGUAUCAUGGAGAGGGAAAAGUAAGCAAAGAAGUGAAGGCAUCUAUGAGGAGCUGCAGCAUGGGGACACUGCUGUGUAUCAAAAAUUUGAAAUGAAGAAGACCAUGGAAAAGAAAACAGCAAGCAAAGAAUAAGAAACCAAUGGGAACAAGUAAUCUGUGGCACACAGGAGACUGACGACAUUCAAAGAUCACAAGCACGUCCAUCAGAUGACAUGAUUCUCAAAACUCGAUGCCCCAUGUGCAAUUACUGUUACUCCCUGUAUCCUAUUUUUUCAAAUUGUAAUGCACAUUUCUUGUUGAAUUUAUAGAGCUGUUAAUUUUAAAAUAAUUAAAUUGAUAACAUCAUUAU